GUCGUUUCGGAGGGAGACUCCCCACGCGGCAGUCGGAAAGGGAGACGAGCGAUGGGCGAUCGCGACGAGGACCACCACAGUAUAUGCAGCCGACCAGGCUACGAUCCUGCGUUCAUGAAAGAGGGGUACCUCCAGAAGAAAGGGCAGCUCCUCAAGGGAUGGAAGAAGCGGUGGUUCGUUUGCGAUGGCCGGUCUCUCAGCUACUACAGUUCCAAGUUGGAAAAGAAGCCCAAUGCUGUGAUUCCUCUCGAGUCGGCGACGGUUCAAGACGGGGGAACGAGUGAGACGUGGAACUCGCCUCGUAUUUACCUCACCGACGGCACCAGCGGAACAAUGUACUGCUUGUCUGGGGACGAAGGCGAUGUCGUGUCCCAAUGGCUCGAGGUACUUGAUCGGGCCGUGAAGCGCAUUCAUGAAAAACGCGAGUUGAGCCAGCCGAGCGGCCCAGUCCCGCGCAGCAAGAGCCACAUUACGCCGUUCGACGAGGAGGAGGGUCGGCAGAAGCCAUUGCACGCCGAGAAGUCUCCUACACGGAAGGCUCUGUUUGUGUCGUCUUUCUCCGACGUCGGAGGGCAGACCGCGAAACCUCGCAGUGGUCCGGAACAUGCUCCUCAAUUUAUGGCAGUAAAAAACAGAAGCGCUCACCUUCCAACCACCAUUCGCCUCGAGAACGAGCUCUCGACCGCAUCCGAGCUGCUCAAUUGUCUACUCUUCAACAAACCGGCCUCCGAUCACUCUCCCUCAAUUUGCUUUCAGUACGACGGUGUCGUCGACGGAGUUCGCAUCAGCACGGCCGUCGACCCGUCCUCCGGGAAGCAGUACGCGCGCGGCAGUUCGAUUCUCCCCGUGGCGCCAUCACUUGCCUUGCGCAUUCUGUUGGACCACCACAAGCGCCACGAAUGGGACAAUUUGUUUCCCCGUUCAACGCACGUUGCGACGUACGGUGGGUCGACCGACCUGAUCCAUCUCUCAGGCGGGGAUCCAGCUGGGUUCUUUGACGGCCCUCUCCUGGCGACUGCGUCGUCCCCCGUCCUCCCCGCCGCAGCUGCCGCCAUCGCGUCAAGUCUUUUGUCUCCGUCGGACUGGCUUGUGCACGCCGCAGCUGGGGCUAUCUUGGGUGGGGUCGCCGCUUCCGUGGACUGGCGACCCCUCGUCCGGUCGCGCGAUUUGCUGCUAUUGCGCCACGUGUACGAGGCCGUGACCCCCGCCGGCACGUCGAGUGGAACGGACCGGUCGUCCUGCCAGCACUUGCUGGACGCCGUGGGGGUGUCGACCGGCGCGAACGCGAUGAUCAUUGCCGAAAUGUCGGUCACCAACGAGCUCAAACCGGUCGUGGCUGGCGUCGUCCGCGCGCACAUUGGCGUCAGCGGAUGGCUCGUGGAGCCCCUCGACACGGAGUCAACCCUCGUGACAUACGUGACAGAUAUGAACGUCAAGGGAUGGAUCCCGGCGUACAUGCAACGCGCCGUCCACAUGCGGCGGAUGCAGUGCCUCGGUGCCAUCUCUGCCUUUGUGGCCCAUGCCAAGGUCCUUGGUCCAACGUUGGGUUAUGAAGACGACGAUGACGACGAGACGGUCGGCGUCCUGUCUGGCGCAGUUAGCGCCAGCAGCCUUGUCGGGUCGACGACGGCACCGGAAAGCACUGGCGACAGCAACGCAGGAUUCCACCCGCGCGAUUACUUCCGAAUGGUGGUGCAAGUGCCGUCUGGCGGCGUCAAGCUUACGGACAAAGACAUUGCGAAGAAGCAGAACGGCGUGCUCAUGGAAGUUAUCAAGAACAUGGGGACCAAGCUGCUGGACGGCAAGUCCGCCGUGAGUCUGUCGCUGCCAGUCCGCAUUUUUGAACCCCGGUCCAUGCUCGACCGACUCGUCGACUUGUACUUGUACGCACCAAACUACCUCAGCGCAGCAAAUGACACGACCGACAUGAUCGAGCGGUUCAAGCUGACGAUGGCGUUCGCUGUUGCGGGAUGGCAUCACACGGUGGGGUGCAUGAAACCAUUCAGCCCGAUCUUGGGCGAAACGAUGCAGGCGGAGUUUGUGGAUGGCGCCACGGUCCACUGCGAGCAUGCGAGCCACCAUCCCCCGAUCAGUUAUGCGCAGAUUGUCGGCCCCAAGUACACGAUCAACUCGUACUCGAUCUUGAACGGGAGUCUGCAGACCAACUGCAUUGUGCAGGUCCAGCAAGGGCCGGUCCGCGUCACAUUCUUGGACGGCGCCGUGAUCGAGUUUACGUUGCCCGCUAUCCGCAUGGGUGGAUUUCUCUGGGGCGACCGCGUCGUGGAACUCGUGGGGUCGAUUCACUUUCAAGACAAAGCAAACGGCAUCUCGUGCGAACUCAAGCUCAACCCGGAUGAGAAGAAGGGCAUGUUUGCGUCCAACAAAGUACCGACGGAUCGAUUCCGCGGGACGCUCGUAUCCAAGAUGGACGACGUGUGCGAAGUGUCAGGGUCGUGGCUCGAAGAGCUCCGGUUCGGCGACAAGGUGUACUGGAAUUUGCAAAAAGACCAAUGUGCCCCCGUCGUGCGGCUCCCAGACGACAAAGUCCUUCCAUCUGACAGCCGAAAUCGCCAGGAUCUCAAGUUUCUCAGCCAAGACGACUUGGAGGAUGCGCAAGAGUGGAAACUCGCUCUGGAGAAGUUGCAGCGCGCCGACCGUACCAAGCGAAAAGAAGGACGACGGCCGAAUCACUGGACCUAUGGGUCGGGGCAUUAAGGCAUCAAGGGAGAGCACUUUCGACGCUCAUGGAGGCUUAAGGAAUCAACAGUCGAGCGUAUGUGCAGCAAUGGCCCCUUCGAUGGAGGCAACGUGUAUUGCAAUGCGCAGCGUCUUGAUCUGUCAGCAGGGAAUGGAGUUCGUGAUGCACCGGACGCUUUCGUUCAUUCCGUUGUUCUCAUCGCUCGGCUGCGCAUGAAGAAGCGAACGGACUCGAUCGUGUCGGCCGUUGCAAC